CCAGAAGACGAUGAUGAUCAAGGCGAGUCUUACUGGGCACUCACAGCAAGCCCCAUGAGAAAAAUCCCCAGGCCUGGAAGUAUAACUAUGUGGGUUGCUGGAAAGGAAAGCGUAAAAGAAGUCGUCCCAGUGGAGCCAGACAAAGAAGGUCAUGGAGGGUGUUGGGGAACACGGAGCAGCAGCCUCAUCUCCCUCAGACUCUCCAGAGCUACAAGCAGAAAUCAAGGAAGAAGAAGAAAGAGACGAUAGAAUCAGAGCUUGCUGAGAGUGGCGGGAAGCUAGUUUAAAUGGACAGUGGCACAAAUGUGAAGAAGAAGAAGAAGAAACAGCUCAGAGUAACCUGUGAGAACCACCCUAACCAGGCAGCCUGAACCAGCCUGAGGAAGAGGAGUCUGAAAGCCCAAUCCGUUGCAAGUGCAGAAAAGGCAGCUUUCCAAGAACUCUGAAAAAUACUUUCUUUACCAAGUUUCUGGAUCUUACAGUUACAUAUGAUUUAAGCAUGGCGAGUUAUUGGCAAAUUUCUCUUCUCUGGAGAGAAGGAAGUAGAUCUGGCUGUGCAAAAUGCACAGGCUGCCUUUAAAAUAUGGAGUCAGAAGUCAGGCAUGGAACGGAGCACUGUCCUGCUGGAGGCUGCCAGGAUAAUCCGGGAGCGAAGGGAAGAAAUAGCUACCUUGGAAACAAUCAAUAAUGGCAAAUCCAUAACUGAAGCCCGAAUAGAUAUUGAUACAUCUUGGCAGUGUCUGCAGUAUUAUGCUGGCUUAGCUGGCUCCCUAGCAGGCCAGCACAUCCAGCUUCCCGGCGGAUCCUUUGCUUAUACGAGAAGAGAACCUCUUGGAGUCUGUGUUGGAAUAGGAGCCUGGAACUACCCUUUCCAGAUUGCCUGCUGGAAGUCUGCCCCGGCUUUGGCCUGUGGUAACGCCAUGGUCUUCAAGCCUUCUCCCUUCACCCCUGUCUCCGCCGUGAUGCUGGCAGAGAUCUACCAUGAGGCUGGAGUUCCCAAGGGGCUUUUCAAUGUGGUGCAAGGUGGAGUUGCCACAGGCCAGUUCCUGUGCCAGCACCCGAAUGUGGCCAAGGUCUCUUUCACCGGGAGCGUUCCUACAGGAAUCAAGAUCAUGGAGAUGGCAGCCAAAGGGAUCAAGCCAGUUACUCUGGAGUUGGGGGGCAAAUCCCCCCUUAUUAUCUUCUCUGACUGUGUCCUGGAGAAUGCUGUAAAAGGAGCUCUCAUGGCCAACUUCCUCACACAAGGCGAGGUUUGUUGCAAUGGCACUCGGGUGUUUGUGCAAAGCGAGAUACUGAAUUCCUUCACCAAGGAAGUCAUGAAACAGACACAGAAUAUCAAAAUUGGCGACCCCCUGCUGGAAGACACACGGAUGGGAGCACUUAUCAACCACUCCCACCUGGAGAAGGUGUUGAGCUUUGUUAAACAAGCAAAGGAUCAGGGCGCAGUGGUGCUGUGUGGAGGAGAAGCCUAUGUGCCAGAUGACCCUAAGUUGAGUGGUGGCUUUUACAUGUCUCCCUGUGUGCUAGGAAACUGUAAUGACAACAUGACAUGUGUACAAGAGGAGAUUUUUGGACCUGUCAUGUCCAUCCUGCCCUUUGACACCGAAGAGGAAGUCCUAGAAAGAGCCAACAACACUCGUUUUGGCCUAGCAGGAGGUGUCUUUACCAGGGACAUCCAACGGGCUCAUCGAGUCGUGGCUGGUCUCCAGGCGGGGAUGUGCUUCAUCAACAACUACAACGUCAGCCCUGUGGAGCUGCCCUUCGGAGGAUACAAGAUGUCAGGGUUUGGCCGAGAGAAUGGCGAAGCAGCAAUAGAAUAUUACUCUCAGCUGAAGACUGUCUGCGUGGAGAUGGGCAACGUGGAAACAUUGUUCUAAUGGCCUGGUCUUAUCCAUUUAUUCCAGCUAACACUCGACUGAAGUGCUGUGUGCCAUGGGGGGAGGGGGGCUGGAGUGUGUGUCGCUCUUGCUGCCCCUCUCUUUCUUUGAAUUCCCUUAUUCUACUCUGCCUCCUUGAAAUAAUUCACGGUGAAGAUAGGAGAAAAUGUUCCUAUCCACCAGUUCUCACAUUCUGCCUCUUGCCUAAUUUUCUGACUUUAGGAGCAGUGCAUGCCAAAAACCACCUGCUCCCAUUUAGAGGGGCUGUGACAACGUAUCUGCUUGCGAGCUCUCUAUUUUAGCUGUCAGGUAACUAGACAUCUACUACCACAAUGAAGGUAGAUCAUAUAUAUCUGCUACCUUUUCUAAUCUGGCACUUUUGUACACAGUUUUCUGAGCAAAUAAAAGAGCUGCUAUUUCAGUAUUAAUUGCAUAGA